AUGGUAGAGACUGUAUCCAACCCCCCGACAGAGGUGUUUCGACGAAUGGAAGCGGGAGGGAAGGACCUCGACGACUGCUGCAAUAACGAAGCUCCGUUCUGCAAACUUCAGGACCUGCCACAUGACAUUCAUUGCCUCAUCUCCUCCCACCUUCAAUACCGAGACGUCCUGAGAAUGUCCGUCACCAACAGAUUUUUCCACCAAAACCUCAACCCCAAAACCUUGUUGCCCCGAUCGGUCCAGAACAGGUUCAUCGGAGAGGUUGACCUUGGUCUCUAUGUUGGCAAGACCAAAAGAUGGGCAUGCUUUGGCUGUCAGCAAUUUCUCCCGAAAGAGGCCUUUGGAGACCGAAUGCGUAAGAACAAGCAAGACAAGAGGGGAGCCAAGAUGAGCCGCUUGGGUCUGCGGCGAUGUUGGACAUGUGCCAUCGAAGAAAAGCUAUACGAGCACCUUCAAUCAGUCACAAAAGAUGGAGAGUACUUCUUUCUUUGCCACAAAUGUGGUCGCAUGCAGACUGGGUCGAUGAGAUGCCGUCUCCAACAUGAAGUCUACCCGCAUGCGACAACCGGCAAAUCAGACGUUACGAAGUCCACGGAGGAAAUCGACCAGUCAGCGAGAGUUUCUGGUGGAAUCAUAGAGACCACGGUCUGUAAUGAUGCCUCCAACUCUUCCUGUCCGCCUAUCCAAAGACUUCCCUCCAGCGUGCUCGAGGUGGUUGUCCAAAACAUCGACAUGAUCGAUGCGAUACACCUUCUUCAGACCAAUCGUCAUAUGAAUAACACCAUAAAGACGAGGUGGGUGCCUCUUCACAAGCGCUUUCAAUUUGUUAGGCGGCGGGAACCCGGAGUCGACUGGUUUCGCGUAGACGCUGACUUCGAUGCUUCCUCCGUCCUGAGGUUUGCGUGCUAUGCCUGCUUCACUGUCAAGCCGCGUCACAAGUUCCCCGACAAACAACGUAUGCUCUGGAAGACUAACCCCUCUACGUUCUGGAAGAUGCGGUGUGAUGCUUGCGUGGACUUUCUCUACAACACGGAAAAGGGGAAGGAGGCUUUGCGAGAGUUCAACCUCCACGAGAUUUGCGAAAGAUGCUCUUGCUUGAAAGAGAGGGGCAAGCCGUGCUGCAAUUGUAUCGAGAAGUUGUGUAUCGAUGAUCACAGCUAA